CCGAGCUCAUGCAGGCCCUGCUUAUGAAAACUUGUGUUUGGCUUCCUGCACUUGCCAGUCUCCGCCUUUCCGUGCGUGCCGCUGGCGUUCAGCCUCCUGGUGCCGCAGCUGCGGACGGCAGCUUUCCAGCUAGGCCCAGGCGUGCGGUGCGACAGGACGGCCUGGUGACGGCCUAUGCGGAGAGGAAAGGGCAUCAUAUCCCGUCAGAGGGGUGUUAUCGUCGAAUUCUGACAUCAUCUGAGAGACUGAAACACUUACAAUCUUCAAGGGUUGUUCCUCUGACUGUCUGCUAUAGGUGGCAAAGAAACCUAAAAAUGAGGGUGCCACCUUUCCACUUUCUGUUGAUCCAGUUUUGUGCAGCCUAAAGUUUUUUUGUGAAGAAAUGGCCUCCAGCAUUGAAAAUGAAAAGAGUGUGAAUCCUGUGCUCAGAAUAAGUCAGCUUGAUGCUCUUGAACUAAACAAAGCCCUGGAACAACUAGUGUGGUCCCAGUUUACCAGCUGUUUUCAUGGAUUUAAACCAGGGGUGUUGGCUCAUUUUGAACCAGAAGUAAAAGCAUUUUUAUGUCUUAUAUUAUGGAAAUUCACUAUCUAUUCCAAGAAUGCAACUGUGGGACAGGCUAUUCUCAAUAUUCAAUACAAGAAUAACUUAUCUCAGACAGAGAAAUACCAGCCUCUGAGCAAACACCAGAAGUUAUGGUAUCUUAUUUUCACUGUUGGUGGAAGAUGGUUGGAAGAAAGAUGUUAUGAUUUAUUUAGCAAUCGUCAACAGCAAUCUUUCUGCAAAAUUAAGAGCUAUAUUAGUUUUGGAUCUGGACUUCUUAAGCUUUGUGGACUUCUAAAUUUUCUGAUUUUUCUUCGGAAAGGAACAUUUGCAACACUUACAGAACGCAUUCUAGGAAUUAGGUCCGUUUUUUGUAAGCCACAAAGUGUUCGUCAAGUGGGAUUUGAAUACAUGAACAGGGAGCUCUUAUGGCAUGGCUUUGCUGAAUUUUUGAUAUAUCUGCUACCACUCAUUAAUGUACAGAAACUGAAACUUAAAAUUUCAUCUUGGUGCUUGCCUAUAGCAGGUCUUUCCAAUAGUGAAAACACAUUAGCAGCUCACUGCAGGGAAUGUUCACUGUGUGGGGAAUGGCCUACCAUGCCACAUACCAUAGGCUGUCCACAUGUUUUUUGUUACUACUGUAUUAAAAGUAAUUUUUUAUUUGAUAUGUAUUUUACAUGUCCUAAAUGUGGCUCAGAAGUACACAGUCUUCAACCAUUGAAGUAUAAAAUUGAAAUGACAGAAUUGCAUGUCUGAUACGAGGUUGAUUUAGUUUUAUACUGUACAUGAUAUAUAUUGGAGAGAUUAAUGGAAGAAUUCAGAAAUUAUUGAAAGCAGACUGCUUAAAGAUGGUUUUGGAGCCUCUGUAAUUUAUUAUAACAUGUAUUUUUAUGAGUCUUAGGUUUUUAUUGAGCAACAGUGCCAUAAUGCCCUAUCCCUCUUGGCGGGUUAGGGUAAGGUAGAUGGAUUUGCUCUGGGUGGAGCGUGGGAGAAACAGCAACAUUCUCAGGAGGUUCAAUAAGAACUUUUACUUUCAAACUUCAGAACAUUCCAAUUGAAUAAGGCACUUGGCAAACCUUGAUUUAGCAAUCUUUAACUUAUCCAGACACAGUACCAUUACCGACUUAGCUAGUAGAUGGAUUUUGUGAGAAAGUUGUUAUUUUCAUGCCUAAAGAAUAAUUUUAAAUUUCCAUUCCCAAUAUGAUGCUACACUAAAAACAAAGGUGUAAAGAAAACUUAAAGAAAAUGGUGUACUUUUUAGCCCUUCAUGAGACGACAACUAAUUUUCUCUGGCCACUAUGUCUCUGAGCUUUAAUUACACAUAUAUUGUCUUCUACCUCUUCCCUUAGAAGCUCAGGGAUGAAACCUGUCGUCCAUUGGAAUGUGGCAACUGUUCAGGUUAACCCAUAUCCUUCUGAAUUAGAGACACUGAAGAAAACUGUUUACUCAUAAGAUGCUGUCUGUAGGAAUUGCUACUCAUGUUUUUUGGGGUUUUUUGGUGUGGUCUAGGUGGGUGCCAAAUCUCAGAGUUCACUUCUACACAGGAAAAGAUCACAGUUAUGUGCAUGUUAACAUACUAAAAUAGGUAAUUACCUGCUUUUUGCUUUCAUAUUUGCUUUCCUAGUUAGCUUUGCAAUGUUUUAAUGGUUCUAACACUUCAUCUAUUUACUCUUCAAUCUGGUUUUAUAAGAUUAUUUUCUUUUCAAUUGCAAUCUUAUUUAACAGAAAGUCUUAUCCAGAAGAGUCUCAUUAAUACAAAAAUACAUUAUGUCCUCUUUUGAAUCUUAAAUUGUCAAAAACAUAUGCAGUUAAAUAAAUAGCUUUAUGGUGGCUCUGUUCCUGGUUUGCAAUUGUCAGUAGUCAAUCCCAAAAAUAGCAGGAUAACUGCUGAUUGAGUAAUUUUGAUCUACUUUUAUGAAAUGGUUUAUUACAUUCUUCAUUCUACAUUCUGAUUAGAAAAACCCACUAGCCUAUUUGUUUGAAGAUCUUAAAUUCUAGGUUUUGAUCUUUAGAGUGACACACAGUGCUUUCAUCUGAUGUAAUUAAAUAUAGUUAGUGGGUGGGCAGCCCAAAACUUCAUUAAUUCUGCUACUGUUAUGUGAGUCAACAGAAGCUUCAGAGCAAGUACUUUCAGAUACUGUGCUGCAAUAUUAUUUGCUGUCAAAUGUGCAUUUUAGCAGCCUGCCAUAUUUCUGUUAUUUGCUGUUGCAAUUAGAAGCAGCAGGUGCAAACCUGUUUUUAUUAGAGUAGGAAAACUUUCAAGUCAUUUGAAGAGCAUCUUGAAGUUACUUCUUGAUCCUGAAGGAAUUUUUGUGUGAAUUGGCCUUCCAUGUCACUUAAUGGCUUUUCCUAAGGAAAUGUAUUAGCAACCCUGACUUCAGAGUGAUCUGAUGUCUUCAGAAACAUCAUCAGUAUUUUUGGUACAUCAGUCUUUAUGCUUGUUUAUUAAAACUUGUAUGCAUCCAAAAUCCAGUGUUUGUAGCUUGUUUGCUGUGGACUCUUCAUUUGUUCUGAAGUCUGAGAGCGAUAUUUUAUCAAAAUAGCAGGGAUUCUGUAUUGGCCUCUGCUAGGUGUCAUGUCCUUCUUAUGUAGGAGUGAGCUUCUUUUCUAUUUAGAAAUGUUUCAUUUUCCUGAAUAUUAAGCAAUGUUUUUUUCCUUUUCAUUCCACCUCCCUCUGUCCUGCUGUUUGAUGUAUGUAAGCUGUAUGAAUUACCUGGGGUUUGCCUCUUGCAACUUCAUGCAGACCAAGUUUGUACUCUGUUUUUCAUCCCUGUUACACAUCAAUACAAAACCUGUUUCAAGCAGUUUAGUACCUCUAUUGUACGGCUGUUUUCUGCUGUCUCUGCUGUAUCACACUUUACUGUUGGGAUUUUUUUUUUCUGGAACUAAACUUUGAAUAUUUGUCCUGAUUUAUUAUAGCAAAGCAUUGGCUUAACUUCUGUAGCACAUCCUCAUCACAGUGUUAGGUUUGUGUUGGGUUGUAGCCCAUAGUAUUAACAAAGUUUGUAAGGCCUGUGUCUUGUGACAUAAACAGCUUUUGUUACCCAAAGAUCCUGGAUCUUAAGGUGGGGGUUUAGUUCUUUUAUUUUCCUUGCAAGUAAGCAGGUACCAAGCAUCUCAUAGAAGUAGGUGGCUUGGGAAAAGAAUGGUUAUUUAUGUCACAUACAGAUUUUUUUUAAUCUCCCAUGUGGUAAAACCUUUGCUCAGUUGUAAUUGUAGUUGAGAUUAAUGAGGGAAAGGUUCCUAUUUGAAUAUUGAAAAACUACUUGCUACCAGCUUACCUUUUUAGUACUUCAAUAGUCAGCAUUUUCCUAAAGAACUUUAAAAUUAAAUAUAUACUUCUAAAAAUAUUUUAAUUCUGUUUUAUUGUGUCUUGUGAUAUAUAAGCUGCAGAAGAGUCUUAGUUGAAGAUAUUACAGGGAAAAAAUCAGGUAAUUUGUAGACUAAUCAAAGGAUAAUUAGUUUUAAAUAUUAAUUACCUUCACAAUUUGUCAUCAUAAGCAUUUUAUUUUUCAGGUUUAAACUGUUCUUUGACAAAGGACUGCUACAUCUGGUCCUACUUCCUGCAGAAGAGGGAAUAAAAUUUCUUUUGGAAUGUUAUUUUUUUUUUUAAAGGGGUUAGUGUUCAGCUACCAUUAGAAUGUACUUUGAGUACUCAUAUGUGCAUCAGUGAAAAGGAUGAAUGCCUAGAAUUUAAGGAAGCUAAAGUACCAGAACUUCUGUUCAGUCUUGGAUAGGAGUUACAGCCUUGUAUUACUAGUUUUCUUUGUGCUCUGUUGACUUUGUGUGCUACGUGAACAUUUUCGUUAUCAAAAAUCAAAAAAUGAAGGCAUAAAUGAAACAGACUAAUUAUGUUAAUAAACAUUCUAGAAAACUUUUCAUUUCUUCAUAUGAAUGAGAAUCAUCAGUUGCCCAAGGUGUGAUUCAGGAGGCAUUCAGAUAAAAACAGUCAGAGAAUGCUGGUUUUUACUUCCACAAACCAUCACCAUUCCACCUACUAUGUAUGUUUUAAGGGAGGUCUUAUAUAAGUAAUUUUAUAGAAGACUAAAAAGCAGGAGUUUUCUGUAAAAGAAAUGAGAGGGAUUGUAUUUGAUUUCUGCCUUACCUGGAAAUACUUAUUUUUUCGUUAGUGUGAGAUAUGAUGGACAAGGAUGAUCUCAGCAUUAGUAAGGAGAUGAUGUAAAGAAAGAUAAAGAUGUGUAUUUGCUAAAUACAAUCUAUUAUAAUGUCCUUAUUUGAGAAUACUAAUGCAAUUGUUAUCUGGGAUGCGUCAUUCUUAUGAAAACCAAGUUGACAAAUAAAUUAUAUUUUUAAACUGGA